AUCUUUCGGGGUAGGGGGUAGGGGGGCGGGGGCGUAUCUUUUUUAUUCGCGUUUAUCGGGUGCUGAAGCGGCGAUCAGAUUGCUCGUAGGAGUUUCUAGUGUGAGUCGGCCGAGGUUGGUUGAAGUAGCCAGCAUUGAGGACCAGCAGCGAGGGUCAUGGCGCCCGUACUCGGAUACUGGGACUUUAGGGGCCUCGCACAGUCCAUCCGGGACCUGUUGGAGUACGCCAAGGUCGAGUACGAGGACAAGAGGUAUGGCUACGGCAGCGACCCCAACUGGACAAGAGAAGAGUGGCUCGCGGACAAGCCAAACCUAGGCCUGGACUUCCCCAACCUCCCGUACUACCUGGACGGCGACGUCAAGCUCACCCAGAGCUUGGCCAUCCUGAGGUACCUGGGUCGCAAGCACGGCCUCGCACCCAAGAGCGACGAGCUGCAGAGCCAAGUGGACGUUGUCGAGAUGCAGGCCCUCGACCUCAUAAGGUCCGUCGCCCGGCUUUGCUACGACUCCGGAUAUUCGGACGACAAGCUGCGUCAGUUCCUAGUAGACUCUGCCGAGAAGCUCCGGCAGUUCGAAGCACUGCUCGCGAAGAACGGUCCCUUCGCUAUUGGCGAGGAGGUAACUUACGUGGAUUUCCUGCUCUUCGAGGCCCUGGCGUUCGUCCGCGCCGUGGAGCCCAGCAACUUCAAGAAGAAUUUCCCUUCGUUAGUGCAAUACAGCGAGCGCGUGGCAGGACUUCCCGGCCUGCGCGAGUACCUUGCUUCGCCCCGUUUCAAGCCCUGGCCCUUCCUUAGCCCGCUCGGUUCGGCGCUGGGACUACAGCAUAAGCCACCUUCUGACGAUUAAAACAAAGUUGGAGCUUUCACUGUGAUCCUCAAACAAAUCGGUAAUUUUUUAUGUAUUCUCCGCAAGAAAAAGGUCACUACCUGGCGAAGGAUUGAUGAUCGACUGGUCAGGACACGGAAAUGUUUUACUUGCCAUGGAAGCAUCACUACAACUGACACCGCGACGUCAAAUCGCUCGUAAGUCCUCUACUUAAUACUCGUGUCUCAAAACGUAGACAAAAAUAACAAUGUCUUUUCGAAACCAUA